AUGGCAGGAGCACAGCCUGGAGUCCACGCGUUGCAGCUCAAGCCGGUGUCCGUGCCAGAGAGCCUGAGACGGGGCUGCAAAUUUAUGAAAUGGGAUGAUGAUUCUACAACUGUGACCCCGGUGACUCUAACAGUCGACCCCAAAGGUUACUUCCUGUAUUGGACCGACCAGAACAAGGAUACGGAUCUACUGGAUAUAGCGUACAUAAAGGAUGCCAGAAAUGGAAAGUGCACCAAAUUGCCAAAGGAGGCCAAGCUACGUGAGCUGCUGGAUGUUAGCACGCUGGCGGGGAAGAUGGAGAACAGGAUGCUGAUGGUGGUGAGCGGCCCCGACAUGGUCAACAUCACCUACCUGAACUUCAUGGCCUUCCAGGAGGAGACGGCGAAGGAAUGGGCGGAGGAGCUGUUCAACCUGGCAUCCAACCUCUUGGUACAGAACAUGUCCAGAGAGGACUGCCUGGAGAAAGCAUACACUCGGCUGAAGCUGCAGCUCAACCCUGAGGGGCGAAUCCCCGUCAAGAAUAUCUUCAGGAUGUUCUCAGCAGACAGGAAGCGAGUGGAGACCGCCCUGGAAAACUGUAACCUCCCUUCUGGCAGAAGCGACUCCAUCCCCCAGGAGGACUUCACUCCAGAGAUCUACAGCAUGUUCCUGGCCAACAUCUGCCCCCGAUCCGAGCUGGACCACAUCUUCUCUGACGUGGGGGCUAAGAGUCGUCCAUACCUCAGUGUGGAGCAGAUGACAGAGUUCAUCAACAAUAAACAGCGAGACCCUCGUCUCAAUGAGAUACUCUACCCUCCUCUGAAACCAGAACAGGUCCAGGUGUUGGUGGACAAAUAUGAACCCAACGCUUCUCUGGCACAGAAAGGUCAGAUCUCGGUGGAAGGCUUCGCCAGGUAUCUGAGCGGGGAGGAGAACAGCAUCAUGCCCCCUGAGAAGCUGGACCAGAGCGAAGACAUGACCCUUCCUCUCUCCCACUAUUUCAUCAACUCCUCACACAACACAUACCUCACAGCCGGCCAGCUCGCAGGGAACUCCUCCGUCGAGAUGUACAAGCAGGUCCUCCUCUCCGGGUGCCGCUGCAUUGAACUGGACUGCUGGAAGGGUCGCACCACAGAAGAAGAGCCGGUCAUCACUCACGGCUUCACCAUGACAACGGAAAUCUCCUUCAAGGAGGUGAUCGAGGCUAUAGCAGAGUGCGCCUUCAAGACCUCGCCCUUCCCCAUCAUCCUGUCCUUUGAGAACCACGUGGACUCACCGAAGCAGCAGGCUAAGAUGGCAGAGUACUGCCGGUCAAUAUUCGGAGACGCACUACUGACUGAACCUCUGGAGAAAUAUCCUCUGGAGUCCAGCGUUCCUCUACCGAGCCCGAUGGACCUGAUGGGGAAGAUCCUGGUGAAGAACAAGAAGAAGCACCACAAGACGGGCGGAAGCACCAAGAAGAAGCUGUCGGAGCAGGUUUCCAACACCUACAGCGAUUCCUCCAGUGUCUGUGAGCCCUCCUCCCCCAGCGCAGGUUCAACCAAAGAGGAGAUGGCAGAUCCCUCGCAGCCCUCGGAGGGCGCCGAGCUCAGCCUGAGGCCGCAGGGCAGAAAGUCUAUCGGGGAGGUGGAGGCAGAAAGUGAGGAUGACGACGAUGAUGAUGACGACUGCAAGAAGGGCUCAAUGGAUGAGGGAACAGCAGGCAGCGAGGCCUUCGCCACAGAGGAAAUGUCCAACCUGGUCAUCUACAUCCAGCCGGUCAAGUUCAACAGCUUCGAGGCUUCCAAAAAGAUCAAUCGCAGCUUCCAGAUGUCGUCCUUCGUGGAGACCAAAGCGCUGGAGCAACUGACCAAAUGUCCUGUAGAGUUUGUGGAGUACAACAAACUGCAGCUGAGCAGGAUCUACCCUAAAGGCACCCGAGUGGAUUCAUCCAACUACAACCCUCAACUCUUCUGGAACGCCGGCUGUCAGCUGGUGGCUCUCAACUUCCAAACCAUCGAUUUGUCCAUGCAGCUGAACCUGGGCAUGUAUGAAUACAACGGGAAAUGUGGCUUCAGACUCAAGCCGGAGUUUAUGAGGCGGCCGGACAAACACUUUGACCCUUUCACUGAGAGCACAGUGGACGGGAUAGUAGCCAACACACUGUCUGUAAAGAUCAUCUCAGGACAGUUCCUGUCGGAUAAGAAAGUGGGCACGUACGUGGAGAUGGACAUGUUUGGCUUACCGGUGGACACCAAGAGGAAAGCGUUCAAGACCAAGACGUCUCAGGGCAACGCCAUCAACCCUGUCUGGGAAGAAGAGGCCAUUGUCUUCAAGAAGGUUGUUCUGCCCACACUGGCUUCAUUAAGGAUAGCUGUGUUUGAAGAAGGAGGGAAGUUCAUCGGCCACCGAAUCAUUCCUGUGUCAGCCAUCCGUCCAGGCUAUCACUACAUCAGUCUGAGGAACGAGAAGAACCAGUCCCUGAAUUUGCCGACUCUGUUCGUGUAUGUGGAAGUGAAGGACUACGUACCGGACACAUUUGCAGAUGUAAUCGAAGCCUUAUCCAAUCCCAUCCGCUACGUCAACCUGAUGGAGCAGAGAGCCAAUCAGCUGGCCGCUCUCACUCUGGAGGAGGGAGGAGAGGAGGAGGGUGACAAAGAGGUGGAGGCAGGAAGUGAUGCCCCCUCAGAGUCUAAGGUGGACCAGAGGGCGGCGUUGCCUGCAGAGAACGGACUGAGCCACACACCCAUCAUCACCCCGAAACCCCCGUCGCUGGUCGGCCACCAGCCCCAAUCUGCAGGCUCAUUGAAGCCAUCAGUGAAGACUGAGGACAUCAUUCAGAGUGUCCUCACUGAAUUAGACGGUCAGACAGUGGAGGAGUUGAAGCAGCAGAAGGGCUUUGUGAAAGAGCAGAGGAAGCAGUACAAGGAGAUGAAGGAGCUGGUUCGGAAGCACCACCGCAAGACCAGCGAGCUGAUCAAGGAGCACACAGCUCGCGUGUCCGAGCUGCAGAGCCAGCAUCAGCGGCAGCGCUCGGCCCUGCAGAAGAGCCACAAACGAGAUGGUAAGAAAAGCCGGUCCGAGCAAUCCCUGUCGACCCUGGACCAGGAGCUGUGUGAUCUGGAUCAGGAGUACAGCCAGAGGCUCGCGGAGCUGAAGGAGCAGCAGCAGCAACAGCUCCUCACACUUCGCCAGGAACAGUACUACAGCGAAAAGUACCAGAAACGAGAACACAUCAAGCAGCUGGUUGAGAAGCUGACGAUUAUAGCAGAAGAAUGCCAGAGUGCUCAGCUCAAAAAGCUCAGAGACGUCUGUGAGAAAGAAAAGAAGGAUCUCAAGAAGAAAAUGGACAAGAAAAGGCAAGAGAAGAUCACUGAAGCCAAAUCUAAAGACAAGAAUGUGACAGAGGAAGAGAAACUGGAGAUCAACAGAUCGUUUGUCAACGAGGUGGUGCAGUACAUCAAACGGUUGGAGGACGCUCAGAGCAAAAGACAUGAGAGACUACUGGAGAAGCACAAGGAUAUCCGCCAGCAAAUCUUGGAUGAAAGGCCAAAGCUACAGAGCGAUCUGGACCAGGAGUACCAGGACAAAUUCCGCCGGCUACCCGUGGAGAUCCAGGAGUUUGUCCAGGACAGCAGCAAGGCCAAGCUUAGAGACGACUGCGUCCACGGCAACCUCGUCUCCUCCUCGACGACGGAGAAGCUCAACAACAAGGCGUCGCACUCGGAGGACGACACGGAGGAGGGCUCGUCGGAGCGGGCUUACGACACACCCUUUUAGAGGUUCAAACCCUCGGCGCUUUGCUCCACACUGGGACACUGAUUGGUGGAUGUGUUUGUGACCACAGCUCUGGGAUGAGACUGCCCACCGACUUUUGGUCCUAAUUUUAACCAAUGGGAGGAUUAGAUCAAAUCUGAGCCUGAACUGGUGAGUAGAGGUCUCCUCUGCGUAGACUGCAGUCUUGUCCGAAAAAAAUAAAUAACGUUUCAUGUAAAUAGUAACUUUUUUUGUGUAUUUAUAUGUUACCUUUUACGUUGUCGUCUCUUUCGGUACGGCCACAGGAUGUGUUACAAAGCACUAACUAUUUGCAGGAAAUAACUUACUUGAACUAUUGCACAGAGAGAGUAGAGUUUCUUUUUAUUAUUUUUUAUUAUCAUGAUAUUGACAGUAGUGGUGGUUAGUGAGGUGUGUGGUGCCAAGGUUUUACUUACAGUAGACAUUGUCAUUUCAGUGGAGUCAACUUGUACUGUAAAGAAACCACUGCAUAGUCAGCCUUUUACAGCUUCCAUCUUUAUAAGAUUUAGACUCACCCUUACUUAUUUGCACUCCCUACGUAUCUAUGUAACUCUCUUACUUUAACCCAGAGGCACCGGAGGCUUGCUGGUUCCUCGAUUUUGUUCUCACAGAACUAAAGCCUAUGUUUUGCUGCUAUUUUACUUUAAAAACCCAUCACUUUUUUCUAAUCAUUAUUAGUUGUUGUUUUUUAAUGAUGUUUGGCA